UAUAUAUAUAUAUAUAUAUUUGCAUAGAGAGAGAAGGAGGCAGACAAGCAGUAGAUGUUGUGUGUAGAGAGAGAGACAAGGAGGAUAGCCAUAGAAUCUAUAGCAGCUAUACACCGAUACAUUACAAUACACAACGCCUUUCCCUAAUUUUUCUACCUCGAGUUUCUUCUCUCCUUUUCUUCGAUAUCCACACCCGGAAACUGCAUCCCUCACUCUUUAAAACUUCAGAUUCUUAACAAUACAUCUUUAUCAUUUUUCCCAUUUAUAAAGGAUAAUUACUUUUUUGGGUAAAACAAAUGUCUUGGGUAUUUCUGCUGAAGAUCUGGUUUUGAUCGCUUAAUUAAAUUGAAAUUUUUAACUCGAUUUCCCGUGUUUUUAUCUCCGAUCCUCCAGUUUUUGCUGUUUCUGAGAUUUCUGCACGGAAAGUGGGAAGUGAGCUGGAGCUGAUUUGCAUGGGUGACGAUGCCAGAAUUGCGUAGCGGAGCACGGAGAUCAAAACGGCUUGGUGAUCUCCAGCCUGCCCCUCAACCUGCUAAUCAAGAAGAAAAUUUCCUCGCACCUGCUCAGAAUAGAACCAGAAGGAGGGGAAGAGGGAGAGGCAAUGCAGCUGGUGUAGCUAAAGGGCCUUCUGCAGCAACACCCGCAAGACCAACUGCUGCUGGUAGAGGCAGGGGGAUUAGGUUGAUAGAUUUAGACCCAGAGCCACCUUGUGAGAUUCUUCCUCAAGCUGGUGUCGGUGCAGGGGAUCCGGCUUGUAAUAAAAUAGAGGGUGUAGCAGAUAAGGAAAUUGCCAUGGAAGGUGGAAGUGCUGAUAAAGUAAUGGGAGUUGAAGAAGAACCAAGUUCAACUCCAGUGCCUGAGAGGGUUCAAGUUGGCAACUCACCAAUGUAUAAGACAGAAAGAAAAUUAGGUAAGGGUGGAUUCGGCCAAGUUUAUGUUGGUCGAAGGGUAAGUGGUGGCACGUCAGAAAGAAUGGGACCUGAUGCUAUCGAGGUAGCAUUAAAGUUUGAACACCGAAAUAGCAAGGGUUGCAAUUACGGCCCUCCUUAUGAAUGGCAGGUCUACAACUCCCUGAAUGGAUGCUAUGGGAUUCCAUGGGUUCACUACAAGGGUCGCCAAGGAGAUUUCUACAUUCUGGUCAUGGACAUGCUUGGGCCUAGUCUUUGGGAUGUUUGGAAUUCUUUGGGCCAGACGAUGUCGCCAAGUAUGGCGGCUUGCAUAGCAGUUGAGGCUAUCUCAAUUCUUGAAAAGCUCCACAUGAAGGGAUUUGUGCAUGGAGAUGUGAAGCCCGAGAACUUUUUACUCGGUCAGCCUGGAACACCGGAGGAGAAAAAGUUGUAUCUUAUUGAUCUUGGUUUGGCUUCCAGGUGGAAAGAUGCAUCAUCUGGUCAGCAUGUUGAGUAUGAUCAGAGGCCGGAUAUAUUUAGGGGCACCAUAAGGUAUGCAAGUGUGCAUGCACACUUGGGCCGUACAGGAAGUAGGAGGGAUGAUCUUGAGUCACUGGCAUACACCCUGAUAUUUCUUAUAAAAGGAAGGUUGCCAUGGCAAGGCUAUCAGGGUGAUAACAAGAGUUUUCUAGUGUGUAAAAAGAAAAUGGCGACCUCUCCGGAACUGAUGUGUUGCUUCUGCCCUGCUCCAUUUAAACAGUUCCUUGAGGCUGUUACUAAUAUGAAGUUUGAUGAGGAGCCAAAUUAUUCCAAGCUGAUUUCCUUAUUUGAUAGUCUGAUUGAACCAUGCACAUCAUUGAGACCAAUAAGGAUAGAUGGAGCUCUUAAGGUUGGGCAAAAGCGUGGUAGAUUACUCAUUAACUUGGAGGAGGAUGAGCAACCAAAGAAGAAAGUACGACUGGGUAGUCCUGCCACUCAGUGGAUCUCAGUGUAUAAUGCACGACGCCCAAUGAAACAGAGAUAUCACUACAAUGUUGCGGAUUCAAGACUCCGUCAACAUGUAGAAAAGGGUAAUGAAGAUGGCUUGUAUAUUAGCUGUGUGGCUUCAGCAGCAAAUCUGUGGGCCUUGAUCAUGGAUGCUGGAACAGGUUUUACUUCACAGGUGUAUGAGCUUUCAGCUGUUUUUCUUCAUAAGGAUUGGAUCAUGGAACAAUGGGAGAAAAACUAUUACAUCAGUUCUAUAGCCGGUGCAGCUAAUGGAAGUUCACUGGUGGUUAUGUCUAAAGGAACACCUUAUACCCAGCAAUCAUAUAAAGUUAGUGAAUCCUUUCCUUUCAAGUGGAUUAAUAAGAAGUGGAAAGAAGGAUUCCAUGUCACGUCUAUGACAACUGCUGGCAGCCGCUGGGGUGUUGUGAUGUCCAGAAAUUCUGGGUAUUCUGAACAGGUGGUUGAGCUUGAUUUUCUUUAUCCGAGUGAAGGAAUACACCGGCGAUGGGAAAGUGGGUAUAGAAUAACAUCCAUGGCUGCUACUACCGAUCAAGCAGCAUUCAUACUUAGCAUACCUAGACGUAAAAUGAUGGAUGAGACUCAGGAAACUCUCCGUACAUCUGCAUUCCCAAGCACCCAUGUAAAGGAGAAGUGGUCCAAGAAUCUCUACAUAGCAUCGAUAUGUUACGGUCGUACAGUUUGCUGAAGGUGUUGUAUAAUAUGUACCUUGAGAUGAGGGGGGCAGGCUAAAAUUUUGAUUAAAUUGGGAAACCAUGUUUUUAGGAUGUAAAAAUGUGACAUGUGCUUCUGGUAUAAGGGAAAAGACGAGAUUGAAGCAGAAGCUGCCGCCGACAUGAUAGAAAGUUGAAAUUGUGCAAUUGGGAGUGGGUGGAAGGAGGAAUGAGGUUGUGUGCUUAUGUAAAAGCUAUUAGCGGCUAAAUAGCGUUCUCACACAACGCUAAGAUUUUUAAGUGUUUGUGAUUGAUAUUAUGAUUUAUUGAUUAUAGCUUCUACUCCCAA